CUAUCAUUUUUAAAAAACUUAUCAUUCACACCACCAACAUUCAAAAACCUCAUUCUCUUUCUCAUUCUUCUCAAAACAAAAACCCUAAAAAACUCACACGCGCUCGCGCACGAUGCUCCCUCACUCUUACACCUUCGACUCUGUUUCCAAAUCCCAGGAACUAUUAUCAACCAUCCUAGCUGCUAACACACCUUCCCAAAUAAGUUCCGUCUGCGCCUCCAUCGAGACCUUCCUGCACUCUCACUCACCCGAUCAAUCCCGCCACUUCUUCUCCCUCGCCUUCCCAACCCUAAUCUCGAAGCUCUUCGGCUUCGACGACCCUCGCACCCUUAACCAAAACUCCAAUUCAUGGAUCGACACACCCCAUCUCGCCAAAACCCUCUUCUCACUCCUCUCCCCAAACGGCACCCUCGCCGCCGCUAUCUCCGCCGUCGACCGCCUCUCACUCGUUAAAUACGUCUUCCCCGCCGAACGCCUCCCCGACUGGGCUCGCUCGCUCCUCCUCUCCGAUAGCCUCUCCGGCGCACUCUCCGAUCUCUGCCCUUCCUUAUUCAAAACCUCGCCUUCCACUUCCCAAAUCCAACUCAACGUCUUCCAGUACUUCUUCUUUUGGUUCGCUUACUACCCCGUUUGCAGAGGCAAAAACGACAGCUCCGAUUGCGUUUCCGUCAAAAGAGCCAAAAAAUUUAGGUUAGAGGAUUGGUCAUCCGGUUUUUCCAUUCCCGGUUUUUCCACCUCCAAGCGAACCGGGGUCGACCGAAAAACCACCGAGUGUAACCUCUACACGCGCCUCCUCUACGCUUAUCUUCGCGCGUUUGUCCCCGUCGACGAUCUGAAAAAACACCAACCCUACCGCAGCUCGAUCCUUCACCACGGUUCGGGUUACGACGCUACCGUUGCGGUUCGGGCUGAUUUUGUGGUCAACACUCUGAUUCAUUUCUGGCUCGUUGAUAACGAUUUCUCGCCGUUGCCGGUGAACUUGUGCAGGUCGUUCGGCGUUUCGUUUCCGUUGGGGGAGACGCCUCCGACGCCGGGUUUGGGUGAGGUGGUUAAGCUUUUUGUGAGGUACUUGAAUUUGAGCACUGUCACUGCGUUCCAUGAGAAUAAUGGUGGUAGUGGUGAUAACUAUAGUGGUUGCGUGAGUCCUAGGUGGAGGUCUGUGGAGGCUGCGGGAGCAUUGCCACUGACACAUUCUGUGCGUUCGCAAGGGUGUUGGAACCUUUGUGUGCAGAGGCCUCUCUAUAGGUUCCUUUUGAGGACGUUCUUGUUUUGCCCUGUUGCUGCUUCGGUUAAGAAUAUGUCGCAGGUGUUUUCUGUUUGGGUUAGUUACAUGGAGCCUUGGGCUAUAAAAGGGGAUGAGUUUUCUGAUCUGGAUGCAAUGAACGAUGAUAAAAGGGAAAAUCUUGUGUCUGCUGCUGGAAGUGGUGGAUUUGCGCCACGUUGGCAGGAUUAUGUUCUCUCUAAUUACCUCUACUACAGUUCCUUGGUUAUGCAUUUUAUUGGGUUUGCUCACAGGUUUCUUCACAGUGAUGUUGAAAUUAUAGUCCACAUGGUGCUCCAGGUUUUAGACACCUUGACAUCAUCAAAAGAGCUCAUUGACCUUUUGAAGAAUGUGGAUACCCUUUUCCAUUCCAGACAGGUUGGAACAGGCAAAUCAAUGUUGAAUAACUUGUACAGAUAUGUUCCUAUUAUCCGGGAACAGUUGCAGGACUGGGAGGAUGGUCUAUGUGAGACUGAUGCUGAUGGCUCAUUCUUGCAUGAGAAUUGGAACAAAGAUUUGCGAUUGUUUGCUGAUGGGGAGGAUGGCGGACAACAGCUCCUUCAGUUGUUUAUAUUGCGUGCAGAAGCUGAGUUGCAAUCCAUAUGUGGUGAUAAUCUUACACCCGGCCUUCAAUGCAUAGAUUCAUUGAAGGCGAGAUUGGGGUGCUUAUUUGAUGGACACACUGUAAAGUCAUCUUCAACCUGUCCGGAACCAAUGCAACAUCAACAUUCCCGAGAUGAGAUAUUCAAGCCUAGAAGAGCUGGCAACCAUGCAUUUGCAGAUGUUAAAUACAAAGGUGACUGGAUGAGACGUCCCAUAUCCAAUGAUGAGAUUGCAUGUCUUGCAAAAGUGCUCAUUAGGUUAUCUGAUUGGUUGAAUGAGAGUCUUGGACUAAAUCAAGCAGAGAGCAGUCAAGUAAGCCCAACAUGUUCCUAUGUUGAGGUAUCGACUGAUGUUGCCCAUAUAUGUGGACCUUCAGAGACCCUGAAGGUUUUUUUCUAUACCAUUGGUUCUUGGUUUCUCUUUCUGGGUGCUGCUUCUCUGGGUUUAAUGCGAAAAUGCGGUCUGAGGGUGAACCUAAGGAUAUUGGCCUCCAAGAAGGUUGUUAUGGUUUUUGUUUUCUAUGCUGUUUUUAGCAUAUUGAAGAAACUCAUUCGAGCAUUCCUUAGCUUGUAGGGAAGAAAAUAAAUCGAACAUACAAAAUAUAUAGAGAAAUGUGAAAAAGUACGGAGAGAAUUUUGUUCCUUGCAAGUUAUUGUGCGUAAGGUGUUUCUGCCUGUGUAAAUUUUAGUGUAGU